AUGUCCUUGAGAAGAAGUUUGUACAAGCAUUAUUCGCGUAAUUCUGCUUCCUCUACAAGCUUUUUGGGUUAUGGUGAUCAAGCUAAUGGUGACAAGCAUUGGGUGAGGGAUUGGUACGAUCCUCCAAAAGUUUCGAAGGAUGCAAAUAUGUUAUCGAAGCAAAAUAUAAUCAUACCACCUUCUCACGCAUCUGCCCCUAUAACUCCUUUGGAAUCAACCCCACAGACGCAAUCGUCUCCAUCACAAUCACAAACGCCUCAACCAGUGGAAACCUACGGAUUUAAGGUUAAGACAUGGGUGAUAACAGAGGAAGCACAAAAAUUUAAGGAUUGCGAGAAUGAAGAGAAAGAUACAUUGCUACCAUUAGAAAAAAUGAAGUAUCAGGAGGAUUCUGUCAAUACAAAGCAUGCAGCAGCAGGAGAAUCAGGUCUCACUGAGGCUGAGAUGAAAUCUGCCGUUGGAGGACCCGGAGUUUCCAACAGUCUUUUUUCGAGCAGUGCUGCUGUAGAAUACAAGAAUGGAGAUGGGUCAAAGAAAGAUGAGAAGCCAAAGAUUGAAGAGAUCCCAGAACAUCCUGAAAGUAGUGUGAAGAUUGAAAGUCAAGACAAGACUGAAGUCGCCACUACAAGUUCCCAAAAUGCUAAUGAACAGGAUAAGCAGGCUUCUUCCAGUGAAAAUCGAGGAACAGAUAGCCCAACUAAGGACAAAGAUGUUGAUGGAGACGUUGAGAUGAAAUGA